GGCCCCACCAGUGCGGAUGUGCCGCCGCUGUCCCCUGGAGCACCAUGACGACAGGAUGACCUCAGCGGAGGCAGCGGCAGGGGUUGGCGGUGCCCGGGAGACUGGGUCCCCUGAGUGGCCCCCUGGCAGCCCCCAGGCCCUCAGGCGGCCUGGCAGGGCCCAGGUGGCCAUGGCCGCGCUGGUGUGGCUACUGGCAGGAGCCAGUAUGUCAAGCCUCAACAAGUGGAUCUUCACGGUGCAUGGCUUCGGGCGUCCCUUACUGCUCUCGGCACUGCACAUGCUGGCAGCGGCCUUGGCAUGCCACUGGGGGGCACAACGCCCCUUGCCUGGCCGCGCCCGAUGCCGAGUGCUGCUGCUCAGCCUCACCUUGGGCACCUCCAUGGCCUGCGGCAAUGUGGGCCUGAGCGCUGUACCCCUGGACCUGGCACAGCUGGCCACCACCAUCACACCCCUCUUCACCCUGGCGCUCUCUGCACUGCUGCUGGGGCGUCGUCACCACCCCUUGCAGUUUGCGGCCAUGGGCCCGCUCUGCCUGGGGGCUGCCUGCGGUCUGGCCGGAGAGCUCCGAGCACCCCCGGCUGGCUGUGGCUUCCUGCUGGCGGCCACCUGCCUUCGAGGCCUCAAGUCCAUUCAGCAGAGUGCCCUGUUGCAGGAGGAGAGGCUGGACGCGGUGACCCUGUUGUAUGCUACCUCGGUGCCCAGCUUCUGCCUGCUGGCGGGUGCAGCCUUGGUGCUGGAGGCCGGCGUGGCCCCGCCACCUGCUCCUGCUGACUCCCUCUGGGCCUGCGUCCUGCUCAGCUGCCUCCUGUCUGUGCUCUACAACCUGGCCAGCUUCUCCCUGCUGGCCCUCACCUCCGCCCUCACCGUCCACGUCCUGGGCAACCUAACUGUCGUGGGCAACCUCAUCCUGUCCCGGCUCCUGUUUGGCAGCCAACUCAGCACGCCCAGCUACGUGGGCAUUGCACUCACCCUUUCUGGAAUGUUCCUUUACCACCACUGCGAGUCCGUGGCCUCCUGGGCUGCUCGCCAGGGGCUGUGGCGGAGGGACCAGCCUGCCAAGGGUCUUUGAGACUUGGUGGAGCUUCUGAACCACC